AUGCCCCAUUCACCAAAACGCGUUCGGACAGCCCAGUCGGGGGCCUGUAGCCACUGUGUGAAGAGGAAAAAACGCUGCUAUAUCGGUGUCAAGGGGAUCCCAUGCACUACAUGUGAUAGAUUAGAGCUGCCGUGUGAUGGCAAAACUAUUGUUGCCAAAGUCUCUGGCUCGCAGUCCAAGAGCCGCCCCCCGUCCCUGAAAUACUGCGAAGAAGGAUUAUUUGCCUCUCAACUGCAAUUGGCCGAGCGCAAGCAGAGGUUUCGCUCUGGUGCCCCUGAUAUUGUCUCGACGACCGAUCCUCUCGACAAUUAUUUAUCCAUUAUUGAUCGAUUUCUUGGGCUGCAGCACCAUCUUGGUCUGCAGAUGACGAACACCCCCGACUACGUGACGAAACUGCCGGACCGACUCGCGGCAGAGGACAUUGAGUACAUUGAGACAAAGGGGUCGUUAUGCCUUCCAACUGCGCGCUUUCGCACGGAGCUGCUGAAAAGCUAUAUCCUCUGGGUCCACCCCGAGGUGCCUGUGUUGGACUUGGACCUGUUCUUGCGGGCCAUUGCGGACAACAACGGUACCAACCCGAUAAGUCUACUCUUGUUUCACGCAGUGAUGUUUGCCGGUGCAGCGUUUGUCGACGUGAGCCACAUUCACCAGGAGGGGUAUACGACUCGCGAAGCAGCGCGGGAGAUUCUGUUCCAACGGGCGAAGGUACUACUGGAAACUGAGUGCGAAGACGACCGUCUCGCCACCGUACAGGCGCUGCUCCUCUUAGUCCAUUGGCAAGAUGUGCGAAAUACAGAAAAAGACGCGAGCCACUUAAUCGGCAUCGCACUGUCCCUGGCAAUAUCAAUUGGUCUCCAUAGGAGUCCCGAUCGCUCCUCCAUGUGUCUCCGCCAGCGGCACGUUUGGAAGAGAACGUGGUGGAGCCUGUAUAACCACGCACGACUAACAUCGGAAGACUUACUCACAAUGAUGACCAUCGAAGGGGACCAUCAUGUCGGCGAGGCCCCCGAGUUGCGGAUGAUCACAGUAUGUGACUUCCAAAUCGAGAUACUGGCCCCAGAGGUGCGAGCUGUUGUUGAUGACUGCGAGGUACUUCGCAGCCUCGAGAAGCAAACCACCCACGCAAUUCUGUUUGUAGAAAAGACGAAGCUGUGUUGCGUAUCACAGUUUUCCAGCUUCUCAAAUAGGGUCAAGAACCUGCUAUUAACACCCGACAAGCCAGGAAUUCAGGUAUGCCCUAAACCAGGCGACCUGUUCGGCAAACGGAGUCUGGAAGAACUUGAGGACUGGUAUACCCAGCUGCCAUAUGCAGCCCAGCAUAGCUUUCCAAUAUCAUUGGCGCCAACCCCUUGGGAGAGAAGCAUCUAUCUGCAUCGUGCUUGGCUGAAGCUCCUCCACCUGGGCACUUCGUAUGCCGCCCUCUGGGAAGAUAUUCGAGGCAUUCCAGAUUCCAUUAACUCGGAAUUCAAGUCACAAUACCUCAAAACGCUGGACAAAUACCUCGUUGAAGUAACCGAUCUUUUCGAGGAGGUUUAUAGCCUGGACAUUGCUGGGUUUCUCCCUGGGCCCGCGGUAGCUCUGUUAGUCCUUGCACUGGCAUACAACCGCCGACUUCGCGAUUGCGACAAAUUCAAGACCCGGAAGGGCGCCCUUAAGGUUCAUCAGUGCUGGAAUAUCAUGCGCCAAUUGCGCAGUGUCUCAUAUUUGGCGAGGGGCAUGGAUGGUCUUCUAAACGAUAGAGCGUCGGAUCAUCAAUGGCAUCGCCUGACUUCCUUUCUUCUUAUUCCCCUGAAUACUUUGUCCACAGAGUGCGGGUGUAUAUGGGGUUCUCAUGAGUGA